UGCUGUACGACCAGUUGAAAAACGUGGUUAUGGUUGGGUUGGGGUUCAAAAUGCACCGCUUCCCUUUAAAUACGUCACUCGUUGCUGCAAGCCACACCCCCGCAUACGUACUGAACGGAGCAAACAUAUCUCAAAGUCUGUUCAAGAACGUUUUGGGAAAACGUGUCGUUCAGUACAAACCGUUCUACAACGUAGCAAACUGAACGCUCAUUGACGGACCGGAGGGGAUGGGAUCCUAGUCGUCCGAUGACCAGCUGACAGCGCACUGCACCGCAACAUGGACCACAUGUCAUCGCCUGUCAGGUUCCGCAGCAGCUUCAAACCUGACAACCAGCGCUUGAGGUGCCUUCUCCCACUGUGUGCACAGACCCAGGAGGAGCCUGAAAGGGGACAGAGGAGAUAUAUUAUUCUUGCCUCUCAGAAUCAAUAACACUAGUAUAAUAUACACAGAUACAUGUACACACAAAUGGCCUACACAGCAAGGUGUUUAUUAUAGAGUUGUCCAGUCUGUCUAUCGAGGAGCCAGAGGAUGCAGAGCUGGCCUACACCAUGAGAGACUUGCCCCCCGUCCCCCAUCCCCGGGGUGCAUCUGUGGACCAACACACAACCCCGGGACGCCACACACCUGUCAUUGACCAAGAACCAGAGGGAACCGGGCCCGGGAUGGGGCAACCCCCUCACACCCUGGGAGGGACACCCCUGCUUCCCCGGCCCUCCCCUGGUGGCCCCCCUCCCUUCGCUCCCCCCAGGCCCAGCCGUGCCCCCCAAGAGGGAGAGUUUGAGCCGCUGCAGCUGAGGAGGUACCAGCUGACCUCUAUGGGGUCGCGGUCCAUGGACUCCUCCCCUCAGUCCCGACCACGCAGCCCCUGGGGAUGCUUCGACCCGUACGACUCUGCAGAGGACAUGAACAGGGAGUAUGUGGGCUUUGCCACUCUGCCCAACCAGGUACACAGGAAGUCAGUCAAAAAGGGCUUUGCCUUCACCCUCAUGGUAGCAGGAGAGUCUGGUCUGGGUAAAUCCACUCUGGUCAACAGUCUGUACCUUACAGACCUCUACAACGACAGGAAGGUGCUGAACGCAGAGGAGCGGAUCACACAAACAGUGUACAUCACCAAACACACCGUGGGUAUCGAGGAGAAGGGGGUCAGACUCAGACUCUCCAUCGUAGAUACACCAGGGUUUGGUGACGCUGUCAACAACACGGAGAGCUGGAAAGAGAUAGAGGACUAUAUUGACCAGCAGUUUGAGCAGUACUUCAGAGACGAGAGCGGCUUAAACAGAAAGAACAUCCAGGAUAACAGAGUCCACUGCUGCCUCUACUUCAUCUCUCCCUUCGGACACGGUCUGCGGCCGUUGGAUGUGGAUUGUAUGAGGGCUCUGCAUGAGAAGGUGAACAUAGUCCCUGUUCUGGCCAAAGCUGACAGCCUCACACCCACUGAGGUCCGCAGAAAGAAAAUGAAGAUCCGAGAGGAGAUCGAGAAGUUUGGUAUCAACAUCUACCAGUUCCCAGACUGUGAUGGUGAUGAAGAUGAGGAGUUUAAGAUGCAGGAGCAACUGCUCAAGGACAGUAUUCCUUUUGCUGUAAUUGGCAGUAACGUCCAGGUUGAGAGUAAAGGACGCAAGUUCAGGGGUCGGCUCUACCCCUGGGGUGUAGUGGAAGUGGAGGACCCGGCCCACAGUGAUUUCCUGCUGCUGAGGAACAUGUUGGUGAGGACUCACAUGCAGGACCUGAAGGAUGUCACCAGAGAGACACACUACGAGAACUACAGAGCACAGUGUAUACAGAACAUGACACGCAUGGUGGUGCAGGAGAGGAAACGCAGCCUGCAUGAUAAGAUUCGGAGUGAUAGCAGUGUUGACUUCCCCAUGACCCCACUCCCACUGGCCCCUGUAGACAGUGAGACAGAGAGGCUCAUCUGGCAGAAGGACGAGGAGUUGAGGAGGAUGCAGGAGGUGUUGGAGAGGAUCCAGGAGCAGAUGCAACACAGACAGAAACCAGACUACUGAUUUACCCACAAUCCUCCUGGGCCUCUCUGAGGUCCAUUCCAGAGACACCUGGAAAAGGGGAGGAGGAAGAAGGGAGGAGAAGAAAAUGUGCAUCAGAGGAAGAAAUGUGACACCCUCAAUCAAACCAGCACCAUUCACCUCAUUGGUGUAUCAGCCUGCGGGGUCUCCAUGGAGAUGAGCUCGGACAGGAAUCCUCUGCAUCUGACUGUUCUGAACCCAUGUCAUUUUUGAUCAACCAAGCUGUUUUAUGAGAAAUAAGGAGGUCCUGUAAACUUUGUUACUGAUGCUGCUGCCUAGUCUUGAUUCCCUACAGACCUGAGGUGUCAAUUCAGGAAGUAAACUUAGACCAUUGAAGUGUCAGAAAGAAAGAAGCAGCACCAACAGUGUAGUAAAUGUAAUAUGAUUUAUUAAGAAUCUUCAUUAUUAUUUGUUUUCAUUCAUUUCAUAAUAAUUUUCUCAUAAUUAAUAGUUUGUAGUACUGUUAUCUUAAACAUAGUGGACCGUUAGAUCUAAAAGGCAGCCCAAAAUGUACAGGCGAUAUAUAACUUAAACUUUCUCCAUAGGGAAAACAUCUGUGUUUUAUAUUUAUAUAUAAUAACAUUGUAGCAUGAGGUCCAAGAUCCCGCCCACAUCAUACAAUAUUGUACAUGGUCCCAGAAAGAAAGAAACAUACAAAAAAACUACAUUGGAACGGAACCUAAAUCGCAAUCUACAUGCAAAACCAGGCAAGGAUAAAAAAACAUGCAUACAAAAAUACAUCCAUACGUACCUACACACACAUUAGAAAAGUCAAACUGAACAUCAGAGUGUUCUAAAGAGAAAAUAUUUAGUAACUUGUUCUCCCACGCCUCAGUCUCUCUACUACCA